AUGGCUUCCCAAGGGAACGGAUCGCAGGCUUUGUUGAUCGGCUAUCUCGAUACAAACCAUACAUCUUCCCUCGAAGCAUCCUGGGUUACACGGCCCACGCCGUGGCCUUUCGUCGCGGCCAGUGUCAGUCUAUCCAUUCUCCUGGGAUUCCUCGGUGUCCAAACCUCCUACAAAUCGUGGGAAUCGUUGAGGCAAAUCAAAUCAGGCGGCAGUGUGAUUUCGAUGAAUGAUAUUGGUUACCAACCCGUCAGACAAACAUCCUCCCACGAACAGCAGCACAGAAGAUGGACUUCGGCCUCAAGCUCGAAUGAUUUUUCAACCACGAGGACGUUGAUCGAGAACGACGCGAUGAGCACAUUCGUAAAUGAUCAACGCCGGGCGAGUAGCUCUACAUAUACCCGACAUAGUGACUCCAACAUGCAUGGUGGUUUAGGGAAAUUUGCACUCACCACAACGGCGAUUGGCAUCACAUGGUCGACGAUACGAGCAUCUUUGACUCUGGCACUCAUGAUUCAGAUCGUGAUGGGCGAGAAACAUACCUACCCAGGCAUUGCCAGCCUCGUGAUCAUGUUCACUUCGGUCCAGACAUACAUGGGAAGCCGAGCAAUGCCACGCAUCUUGUACCUUCUGAUCGCCAUCGAUCUACUCAUGAUAUACGGAUGUAUCGUGCUGGCCAUAUUCUCCUUCCUACAAGACAAGAAAACCUCAUACCAAGAAUUCGCCGUGCUUGGCGGAAACUGCCCAUGUCUGCUCGGGUUCAAGACAGGCCACGACAUGAAGACGUGCGCCGAAUUCCCAAGCCCUCCGGCCUUCGUCGGCUGCGACACCCAAUACCUCUGGGCCAACAACACCAACCACGCCACAAACAUGACGGCCACCUAUCCCAAGUCCUGCCUCCUCUCCGACCACAACGACGGCAGCGACAGCGACCUCAACCCCAACCUCAUGACGUACCUCGUCCUGGCGGAGAUCGUCGUCGGCGGCGUCGGCCUGCUCUACGGCCUGAUCGUCCUGGGCAUCGCGUCGCGCUGGAUCCCACGCGCGCUGUCCCACCCGAGAGAACUCUUCGUCUCGUUCCCGCUCAUCGCCCCGCCUCGACAGUCCAACAAACGUCCAGGGCCCAACCCGACCGACCCGUACAAUCAGCGCCCAAAACACCACAACAUGCCCACCCGCGCCGUCGGCAUGACCGUCCUCGCCUUCGUCGCCAUGCUGGCCUUCGCCACCAUCACCAUCGUCGUGCACGUGCUAGACGAAACCCGCCCCAUCCGUCUGUUCUACAUGGACAGCGUGGGCCCACGGCUCGACGGCGCGGGCAGCAUCGGGGGUAAUAAUGUCGUUGAUGUUGGGGGUGGCAAUCUCGACUUGGGAGCGAGUUGGUCGGAUUGUUUUGUUGUCGAUACACCGUACUGGGCCGAUGGCGGGUUCAAAGAUUGGUGGGCUUUGCAUAAAAGUAAUCUUUUGAGGGCCAUUGCGUUGGUUUGA